GCACAAUCCUUCGACGCGAAGGAAGAAAAACAAGAAAACACCUUCUUGAAGAAGAUUCCAUCAAAAAAAAACCUUUCUUGAAGAAGACGAUAGACGGGAGAAAUCAAGAGAGGGAAAGAACUCGUUGCUCCGGCGCUUAGAAUCUCCGGUCCGCCCCCACCCUCGUCUAUACAUGGCCCCUCCGCCGCCGCUGCCGGUCCCGGGCGCGCCGGGCGCCCAGGACGCCCAGCAGUUCCUCAGCACCGCCCUCUCCCAGCGCGGGCCGUCGGCGCUGCCGUACGCGGAAGACGUGAAGUGGCUGAUCCGGCAGCACCUGGUGGCGCUGGCCGAGUCGUUCCCCUCCAUCCACCCCAAGGCCUCCGCCUUCACCCACAACGACGGCCGCACCGUGAACCUCCUCCAGGCCGACGGCACCAUCCCCAUCGCUUACCAGGGCGCCGUCUACAACAUCCCCGCCGUGAUCUGGCUCCUCGAGCCCUACCCUCGCUCCCCUCCCGCCGUCUUCCUCUCCCCCACCCGCGACAUGGUCGUCAAGCCCGGCCACCCCCACGUCGACCGCUCCGGCUCCGUCCUCGUCCCCUACCUCCGGUCCUGGGUCUUCCCCUCCUCCAACCUCGUCGAUCUCGUCCGCUCCCUCUCCCACCUCUUCGGCCUCGAUCCUCCCCUUUACACCCGCCAGAACGCCAGUAACAAUCCCACCAACCCUAACCCCAAUCCGUCGCCUUCCCCAUCCCCGUCCCCUGCUCCGUCUCCGUCAUCUUCAUCUUUCUCGUCUCGGAUCUACUCUUCUUUGUCGCCCUAUGGCGGGCGGUUCCCGCCCUCGCCGCAGGCGGCGGCCGCAAGGCCGACCGAGGACGCGGCCCAGGUCUACCACCGCAAUGCAACCAGCAAGAUCAUCGAUAUGGUGCACGGCGAUAUGGCAGGUUUACGGAGAGCGCGGGAAGCAGAGAUGGAGGGGCUGUUCAGCACCCAGGCGGAGUUGAGACGGAGGGAGGAGGAGCUUUCCAAGGGUUUGAGGGAGAUGUUGGAGGAGAAGGAGGGAUUGGAGCAGCAGUUGCAGUUGAUUUUGAUGAAUACGGAUGUGCUGGAGGGGUGGCUGAGGGAGAAUGAGGGGAGGAGGAGGAGGGCUGGGGAUGUGGAUGUGGAUGAUGCUUUUGAGCCUGCAGAUGUGCUGUCGAGGCAGAUGCUGGAAUGCACGGCGGCAGACUUGGCGGUGGAAGACACAAUUUACUCGCUGGACAAGGCGGUGCAGGAGGGGUCCAUCCCGUUCGAGAUGUAUCUGAAGAACGUGAGGGCAUUGUCGAGGGACCAGUACUUCCAUCGGGCGAUGUCAGCCAAGGUACGGGCAGCUCAGGUGCAGGCACAGGUAUCAAGCAUGGCGGCAAGGGUGCCUCAUCAUGCUUCAUAGAGAGGAGAUGGAUGGUUCCCAAAGCGCAUCAGCCUUUGUCAUUGAGAAGGCCUUGAUGUCCCAACAAGAUGCUGCAAUUUUCCUCAUCAAUCAUAAUUUAGCAUUUUAGCGAGAAGAGAGAGGAUUUGAUGUGGCUGCAUCUCUGGGUACACAGGCACCCACAUUAAUGCAAUGCCUGAUUCUUUAUUUUACUUAUUUUUAAUAUGAGCAAUGUUGGAUCUUGAAUAAGUUA